UGUUGCCAGGCAGAUUAUGGUAAUGAGGCCGGGCGGCCGCCCCCCCUCCCGCUCUGCAGCUACCAUUGUGAGAGCCUAAUAGCAUGAAGCUAACAUGAAGUCACAUCACACACCCUACUGCAGAAGCAUCACGUGACAUCCAUGUUACAGAAGAUCGCCGUGUCCUCUGUGAGUAGAAAGGUAGCGAACAGAUGAAUCUCCAACCACUGCUCCAGUAAUUGGUUUGUCAUUAUGGAGCACCACAACAGGGAUGAUAUGGACUCAAAAGAGGAAAGUCCACAAGUAUGGUCUGAAUCUGCUGAGCAGGAGCAGAAUACUGCUCAGGUGCACUUUGUCCCGGAAGGUGGAACAGUGGCACAGAUUGUGUACAGUGAUGAUCAGGACCGUCCUCCACAGCAGGUGGUCUAUACAGCAGAUGGCACCUCCUACACCUCAGUGGACACCUCGGAGCACACACUUGUUUACAUCCACCCUGUGGAAGCCACGCAGACUCUGUUUACAGAUCCGUCCCAAGUGGCUUAUGUCCAGCAAGAUGCCACAACACAGCAGGUAACUGUGCUCUUGCCUGCUGCUGCUCAGAGCAUGAAUCCCACCAACCUCUCCGUGCUCGGCAACGUUGCCGAAUCCCCACAGCAAAUGGCUCUGGAGCAGGGUCCACAAGCAGAUAGAGCAUCGUUACCGGUGCAUAACCAGGUGUUACCUCCUAUGGAGGCAGUGGAUAGUUCUGAUCCUUUGGCACCUCUUCAGACCCAAAUGGAAACAAAGGAGGAAGAUGAGGAGGAGGAGGAAGAGGAUGAAGAAGAUGGGGAUGACACUGACAUGGAUGAAUGGGAUCCAGAUCCACCUAGACCUUUUGAUCCCAAUGAUCUGUGGUGUGAAGAGUGUAAUAACGCACAUCCCUCAGUAUGUCCAAAACAUGGACCCCUGCACCCAAUCCCAAACCGGCCAGUGCUGACCAGAGCAAGAGCCAGCCUCCCUCUGGUGCUGUACAUAGACAGGUUCCUGGGGGGAGUAUUUUCUAAAAGACGCAUUCCCAAGCGCACGCAGUUUGGCCCUGUGGAGGGACCUCUCGUCAGACAAACUGAACUGAAAGACUGCUACAUUCAUUUAAAGGUGUCUCUUGAUAAAGGUGACAGAAAAGACCGGGAUUUACAAGAGGACCUGUGGUUUGAACUGUCCAGUGAGGCUUUGUGUAAUUGGAUGAUGUUUGUGCGGCCAGCCCAAAACCACCUGGAACAGAACCUAGUGGCCUACCAAUAUGGCCAUCACAUUUACUAUACAACGAUUAAGAACGUAGAGCCCAAACAGGAACUCAAAGUGUGGUAUGCUGCUUCCUAUGCAGAGUUUGUGAACCAGAAGAUCCAUGAUAUAUCUGAAGAGGAGAGGAAAGUUCUUCGAGACCAAGAGAAGAACUGGCCAUGUUAUGAGUGCAAUCGUCGCUUUAUGAGUUCAGAGCAGCUCCAGCAGCACCUCAACUCCCAUGAUGAGAAGCUGGACUUCUUUAGCAGAGCAAGAGGCAGAGGUCGUGGACGAGGAAAGCGGCGGUUUGGACCAGGCAGACGGCCAGGGCGCCCUCCCAAAUUCAUGCGCAUGGAAGUAACCAGUGAAAAUGGGGAAAAGUGUGAAGAAGGAACACAGGACUUGCUGCAUUUUUCCAGCAAGGGGCAGUUUGAUGAGGCUGGACAAACGACACUGAAUGGGCUGGAACAGCAGGAGCAGACUCCAGUGCCACCAGAGACGCAGUCAGCACUGGAUCAACAGCCAGAAGGCCACCCACUGCAGCUCCAGCAACAGCAUGAUGACAACGUGGUGCCUACGCAAAGCACCAUGACAGCGGAUGACAUGCGGCGAGCAAAGCGUAUUAGGAAUGCAGCUCUUCAGCACCUGUUCAUCCGAAAGUCCUUCCGUCCCUUUAAAUGUCUGCAGUGUGGGAAGGCCUUCCGGGAAAAGGACAAGUUGGAUCAGCACCUGCGGUUCCAUGGGCGGGAAGGGAAUUGCCCUCUGACCUGUGACAUCUGUAACAAGGGUUUCAUCAACAGUGGGGCCCUGGAAAGUCAUAUGAAGUUCCACUUGGACCAGAAAACCUACUCCUGCAUUUUCUGUCCAGAAUCUUUUGACCGCUUGGAUUUGCUCAAAGAUCAUGUGGCCAUCCACAUCAGUGAUGGCUAUUUCACCUGCCCUACUUGUAAAAAGCGCUUUCCAGAUUUUAUCCAGGUGAAGAAACAUGUGCGCAGUUUCCAUUCGGAAAAGAUUUACCAGUGUACAGAAUGCGACAAGGCUUUCUGUCGUCCCGACAAGCUGCGGCUCCACAUGCUGAGACACUCGGACCGCAAGGACUUCCUGUGUUCCACCUGUGGCAAGCAGUUCAAGAGAAAAGACAAGCUCCGGGAGCACAUGCAAAGAAUGCACAAUCCAGAACGAGAGGCCAAAAAAGCUGAUCGAAUCGGCCGCUCCAAAGCCUUCAAGCCUCGGAUAGCUUCUACUGACUAUGAGAGCUUUGUGUUCAAAUGUCGACUGUGCAUGAUGGGGUUCCGGAGGAGAGGCAUGCUGGUGAAUCAUUUAUCAAAGAGACAUCCAGACAUGAAAAUAGAAGAGGUGCCAGAGCUAACAUUACCCAUCAUCAAACCCAACAGAGAUUACUUCUGUCAGUAUUGUGAUAAGGUGUACAAAAGUGCCAGCAAACGCAAAGCACAUAUCUUGAAGAACCACCCUGGUGCUGCCCUACCUCCAAGUAUCCGGAAAUUACGCCCGGCAGGCCCAGGCGAGCCAGACCCCAUGCUGAGUACCCACACCCAGUUGACAGGCACAAUAGCUACUCCACCUGUCUGUUGUCCUCACUGUUCCAAACAAUAUAGUAGCAAGACCAAGAUGGUACAACAUAUUCGCAAGAAGCAUCCUGAGUUUGCUCAACUCCCUAACACAAUACAUACGCCAUUGGCAGCAGCUGUCAUCAGUUCUACGCCAGCAGUUUUAACCACUGACAGUACCACUGGAGAGACAGUUGUGACAACAGAUUUACUGACCCAAGCAAUGACAGAACUGUCCCAGACCCUCACAACAGACUAUCGAACCCCGCAGGGAGAUUACCAGCGAAUCCAAUACAUCCCCGUGUCCCAGUCCACAGCUGGCCUGCAGCAGCCCCAGCACAUACAGCUGCAGGUUGUGCAAGUGGCCCAGGCUACCUCACCUCACCAGUCCCAACACUCUACUGUGGAUGUUGGACAGCUGCACGACCCUCAGACGUACACCCAGCAUGCCAUCCAGGUGCAGCAUAUCCAAGUCACAGAGCCAACCUCAGCAACUCAGUCAUCAUCACAGGUGGGAAGUCAGCCACUGAGUCCCUCCUCACAACAAUCGCAGCAGGAACUCAGCCCUUCCCAAAUGCAGACCAACACAUCAGCACAAAACCAAACCCUCCAACAGCAGCAAAGCUCCUCGGUCCAACACACAUACUUACCCAGCACGUGGAACUCAUUUCGUAGCUACCCAUCUGAGAUUCAGAUGAUGGCCAUCCCACAGGGUCAAUAUGUGAUCGCAGAGACUCCUGUCACCACAGUAAAUACAGGGCAAGUGAAAGCAGUCACCCAGACUCAUUAUGUGAUAUCUGAAGGACAAACCGAUUUGGAUGUAAAACAGAACUCUUCGCUCUCCAGUGGGGUUCAGGUGGGCGUGUCUCAGCCACCAGCCCACUCAGAUCCCUUGGAAGCACAAGCAACCAAUCAGCAGCAAACGACCCAAUACAUCAUCACUACGACCACCAAUGGAAACGGAGGCAGUGAAGUGCACAUCACAAAACCAAGAACUUUUCCAGCAGAACAUGAGUGAAGAAAUCCUUCAGUGUCACCUGACCAUAAGGACAGCCACUCUCCAAAAAAAAAACCUCCCCUGGGUCUCCUGGAGCUCAUUAUGUUUUCAAGUAUUCGUUCACUUCAGCUAACAUCUUGGAGUUCUUGCUAAUGCUUUAAGGGGGUCCAAAGUCUCAGCGACAAUUUAAAAGGUACCCUUAAAAUCGUUGUGGGGUGCCGCCAUUUUAUGCAGCUCUUUAAUAGACAAGAGAAGUCAGGAAAUGGAAACUAUGCUUGCUCUACUUUUUUGGCAUGUCUGAUGACCCUUAUUUUCCUUUGUGGAAGUAUUUACAGUGUACAACAUUUAGUGUAACAGUAGAGGAGAUGACUUGUCAAACAAAUGGCUAAAUGGCGAUUUAUGCUCUGUGUAUAUUUUUAACAUCAACAGUUAAACAAAACAGCAUAAUUUAAACUGCCUGUGUUGUUAGCUGUAUGUUGGAACUGCUCCCUCUGUCUUUGCUUUUUAAAUGGCCAAGAAGGAAGGGCACUUACCAGCUUGGUAAGAAGCAGAUCACUUAGGAAGAUGGAGCAGCAGCAAAACAAAGACUCUUUGUGUGUGUGUGUGUGGGACAGACAUAACAAUGAAGCUGUGAAGCUGUGCAGAAACAGUCAAUUAAAUUAUUAUUUUUGCAGCCCUUUAGAACUGUUUACAUAUUGUCUGCCUUGCCCUGCCAAGCAGUUCUAGGGAGAAUGAAAGGUAUAGUCUUGAAACCUCAACACUUGGAUGAAUGGGUUGAAAUCAUAGUAGCACAUGAUGGUAAACACUGAGCCUAUGCUGUGUUCCCCCUACACUAACUGGGAACUCUUCUUUCACCUGUAAACAAGUGAAAGGCUCAGUAAUGUUUUAACAUGCACAGCAGCUUUUGCCAUGUCCUCUGAUGAUGGUUGUAUCAGGAGAGAAUGGACAGAGGGGAAACAAGUGGAUGUUUUUACCCUGAUUUGAUCAUUUUAAAGUAAGAAGGCACUCAAAAAUCAGUGCCUUGCAGUUGCUGUUUGAGACAUACUUUAACCUGAAACAUUGGAAGAGAACCUCUCUAACCUCCUCUCCCUAUGCACACCGCUUUGCAGACACUGAGGUAGCUAUCUCUAAUGCUGCCUCAAAAUGUGUGUAUUUUUUCCCCAUGAAGGUUGGAUGGAAAGUUGAUUACUCACAUUUUCCAUGGAUCUUGUUAACGAUGCACUGUAAUUCCUAUGGACUGUUUCAUAAAAUGACCAGCCUUGGACUCAGGAAAUGCAA